UAAAAAGGUAUAUCCUGUAUUUAGUAGAAAAUUAUUAGAAUUGUAAAAUUUGCAGUCUGCUGAAAAUUUGUUUCUCACCAAAUCAUAAAAUUUGCUGCCUUGUUAGUUACAGCUGUAGUUACAGCUGUAAUUCAGAUAUAGCUUUAGUGUAUAUUGCACUUAAACCUCUAAUUGGGCACUUUUUAUUUUUGCACUUCUUUCACAUCAGCUGUUUGGUUUUCCUUUUGCUUUUAACUUCUUUCUUUUUUAAAAUAAUAGAUUAUUUAUGGGUUAACUCAUUGCUUCCAAUAGAUAUUGAAUAGUUUAUUCUAGAAUCAGGUACCCUUGCUUUUAUCACUGUAAAAAUAUUAGCAUUAUGAUCUUUAAAUUGGCUCUAUAAGGUGAUUUUCAUUAUUCUUGCACACUUAUGUUCAUAGUAUGGAACUGUAGCAGUGCUCUGUAUUAGCCGCUGCCAGACCUUAUGGAAAAAUUUGAAAUUAAUAAAAUUUUCUGAAAUAGCAAAUACUGUUCUUAAAAUGAAUAAUCAUUUUCUUGAAGGUAAAACAUACUCUUAGCAAAUGAUUUCAUAGCUAUACUUUUUGUUAUAUAUUACUUGUAUAUUAUUUAUAAUUUAAUCUUGUUUUUUACAAUCCCUCAUCAUAAUUUCAAUUUCAUGUUUUAAUUAUCCCAGGCCACUCUGUAUACUUACAAACAGUGCGAUAAGGGGGAGGGGGGAGUAUCCAUGUACUCUGGGCACAUUUGUACCUCUAACUAUAUUAAUUUAUGUAAUUAUCAUGUAUUUAUUUCAGAUUGCUAAGUACAAUGAAAAAUACAAGUCAAUGAACCUUUUGUGUUUUGGGGUACUGGAUAAAGAUAUACAAGUUACAGGUCCUACAGAGUUAAGGACUAACUUCGCUUUAAAGACUGAAGUUCAGACUGCCUACAAAGAAGCUGUUUUGAAUCACAGCUAUGGUGAGACUGAAGAGGGCACAUCUGAAGACUGUUCAUACAAGGAAUGUCUUGAUAAACAUGUUUUUGAUCUAAAUGUGGACAUGAUGAGAUCAAUAUUGUCAACUGUUGCUGGUCCAUCAAGUUCAUUAUCAAACAAAAGUGGAAGGCGAAAUUGGUAUCAGGACAGAAAUUGCCCUGCAUGGUGGAGACGUACUGGCAUAGCUUUCCAAUCAGUGAAUCAAAGAGGUCCAGGUAGAUGUAUUCAUAAAAACCCAAAAUCAAUUACUAUUAUGUUAAAGCAGCAUACAUCAUUUAGCAAUUGUGACACAUUUGGAUAUAUUAUGUAUUGUAUUGGCUCAAGAAAAUUGAUGAUUAAUGAUGACAAUUUUACUUAUUCUUGAUUGCAAUCAUUAUAUUUUAUGUCAUACCUUACAAAUGGUAAGCUUCUUGUGUUUCCUGCAUUUGAUCUUAGGAUAUUGAUCUUUAUCACACACCCGUGCUGAUUUUUUGACUCCAUAAAUAUGGAAUUGCACGGCCGCGCAUAUAUUU